ACCUGCACUGGUGACGAUGUGAUUGGUUGCGCUUAUUUGGGAGCAUUAGCACAUGAUAAAUCCGAGAUUGAACAAUGGAAGAACACUACCGAACAUCUGGGCAAGGAGUACAAGGGCACACACAACCUAAAACCACCCCACCAAGCUCCUCCUGUACAUGUCGCUGAGACAGACGACAAAGAUGUGGACGAAGAUUAA